AUGUCUUCUGAACCUUUCAAGAACGUUUACUUGCUACCACAAACAAACCAACUAUUAGGUUUGUACACAAUUAUCAGAAAUAAGGCUACCGCUAGACCUGAUUUUAUUUUCUAUUCUGAUAGAAUCAUUAGGUUAUUGGUAGAAGAAGGUUUGAACCAUUUGCCUGUCAAGAACAAGGACGUUGAUACUCAUACAAAUGAAGUUUUCAAUGGUGUCGCUUUUAAGGGUAAGAUUUGUGGUGUUUCCAUUGUGAGAGCCGGUGAAUCUAUGGAACAAGGUUUGAGAGAUUGUUGCAGAUCUGUCCGUAUUGGUAAAAUUUUGAUUCAAAGAGAUGAAGAAACUGCCUUACCAAAAUUAUUCUACGAAAAGUUACCAGAAGAUAUCGCUGACAGAUAUGUUUUCUUAUUGGAUCCGAUGUUGGCCACUGGUGGUAGUGCCAUCAUGGCUACCGAUGUCUUGAUUAAGAGAGGUGUCAAGCCAGAAAGAAUUUACUUUUUGAAUUUGAUCUGUAGUAAAGAAGGUAUCGAUAAAUACCAUGCAGCAUUCCCAGAUGUUAAAAUUGUUACUGGUGCACUAGACAAAGGUUUGAAUGAACAAAAAUACUUGGUUCCUGGUCUUGGUGAUUUCGGUGACAGAUACUACUGCAUUUAA